AGCCGGUGCCAGCGCCACCGCCUCCUUCGCUUUCUCCGUCUCCCCUUCUGUUCGCAGAGCUGAACUCGGGAGUGGAUCUUGCGGAGGUUGUGUGGUUUCCGAAGAGGGACCUAGAAUCACCUUCAGGCCAAUUUGGUGACGCUUUGGCAGAAAUUAAGGAGGAAAAUAUACCCUUUGAUUGCUAUGAAGAUUGAAAUGAGUAUAAAAAUUGGUAAAGUGCCUGGCCCAUAAAUUGUGGGACACACACACACAUAGACAGUCAAAUCCUUUACUCAUCUUGUUUUGACGAGAGAAAAAAAUGUUUCAGCACUUGGCACUUGCUCGGAACUCAUCCCCUCGCUAGAACUUACAUGAGUCACAAUGCUGUCCUGCAAGAGAAAAUGCUUCAUCACUUGUCGCUUGCUCACCAUUUGGUGCCCCUCUCUCACGAUGAAACACAGGUGGUCAUAUCAUUCUUACAGAAGCCCAUGAACAUUGCAGAACCCCCACACAUUCGUCAUUAACUGUCUUGUUCUUUUGUGCAACUUAAGGGCUAACCAUGGGUCGUAAAAAGGUUAAGAGUGAUACUACUAAGCCUAAAAGGCAGUUAAUAAGAACCACAAUCGAAAAGAAAAAGAGAUUGUAGCUAAGUAUGAGAGUGGGAUAGGUGUGACUGAUAUCGCUCUUAUGUUCAAGAUGCCGAGAACGACAAUUUCAACGAUAGUGAGAAAUAAGGAAGCCAUAAAAGCAGCAAGUGUUGCUAAAGGUGUAAAGUCUGUGAGUAAGCAACGUUCACAGACGUUGGAAGAAGUUGAAAAAGUGCUUUACAUCUGGAUUAAUGAAAAAGAGUUAGCAGGUGACAGCAUUUCUGAGGCAAUAAUUUGUGAGAAAGCUAGACAAUUGCAUGCUGAUCUGUUAAAAAACAAGCCUGGAACAAGUGGUGAGAGCACUGAAGUGUUCAAAGCCAGUCAUGGAUGGUUUGAUAAAUUUAAAAAGAGAACUGGUAUUCAUAGUGUGGUAAAGCACGGAGAAGUCAAUGAUGGAGAUGUUGAAGAAUUAGUGGAGGAGCAGAGUGCAGAGCUCAGCACUGAGGAUCUGCAGGAACUUCCAAAGGAGCAGCUGCAGAUAGUGGCUGAGGACAUUUCUGCGGGUGAUACAGAGGAAAGGGAGGAAGCAUCUACUGCAUUGAUUAAAGAAAUGUGUGGUAAAUGGGUUGAAGUUCAAAACUUUGUGGAAAUGUAUCACCCAAACAAAGCUCUAGCAAGCCGGAAUGUGGACCUGAUUAAUGAACAAACAAUGUCACACUUUAGAAACAUUUUGAAACGUAGACAGAAACAAGUUUCUCUUGAUAGGUUGUUAGUUGAGCUCCCUAAAUCUGAGUCGCCAGCAGUGUUCAGUGAAGCCAAGAGACAAAAAACAGAAGAAACCCUUGAGAAAUCUGAAAUUAUCUUGGAAGAGAACUCCACUCCCUCUACCUCACCACCAUCCCAUUAUGUCAGGAACUCCUCUCAGUACAGGUUCUUUGGCUUGAACACAGGUUCAGCAGGAGAAUUAGACUUGACACAACAGACUCCUGUGUUUUUAGGUAGUAAAGCCAUGACAGCUAGUCUCAUGAAAGUAGGAAGUUCAUUUGGUGACCCAACUAGUCCUUUAGUUAAUAGAUCUAGAAACUCAACAGUGGAAGAUGAUGAUGAUGAUGUUGUGUUUAUUGAAUCUAUACAACCUCCUUCCACUUCUUCAGCAAUAGCUGAUCAAAGAAAUUUCAUAUUUGCUUCAUCAAGAAAUGAAAAGCUACAAGGAAAUUAUUCCAUGAUUCUUUCUUCCUCGAGAGAUUUGGCUUCUCAGAAGGGAACUAUAAGUGAGACCAUUGUUAUUGAUGAUGAAGAGGACAUAGAAACAAAUGGAGAGGAAAAGAAAACUUCUUCCAGUUUUACUGAAUGGGGACUUCCAGAAACUAGAAACAGAACCAAAGAUGUGGAUUUCUCCACUUCCAGUCUUUCAAGAAGAAAGACCAAGACUGGAGUAGGACCUUUUAAUCCUGGUAGAAUGAAUGUGGCAGGAGACGAAUUUCAGAAUGGAGGAUUUGCAACUCAUCAUAGUCCUGAUUCUUGGAUUUCCCAGUCAGCAUCAUUUCCACGUAAUCAGAAACAGCCAGGGGUGGAUUCUUUAGCACCAGUGGCCUCGCUUCCUAAACAGAUUUGCCAGCCUUCAGUCCAGCAGCAACUUACUAAACCAGCUAAAAUCACCUGUGCACACUGCAAAAAUCCUUUACAGAAAGGACAGACAGCUUAUCAACGGAAAGGAUCAGCUAACCUCUUUUGUUCUACCACGUGCCUUUCCUCCUUCUCUCAUAAGCGUCCUCCAAAGACACGCAAUGUAAUGUGUAAAAAAGAUGCACCUGCAAAAAGGGCUAAUGUUCCUCAAGUGCAAUCGAGCCAGCCCUUCCAGGAAUUCUGUAGUGCAUACUGUGUGUCUCCCUAUGAAGAAAACCAGAGUCUCAGAAAAAGAAUUCUGAACAAGUCAAGAUGUACAAUCUGUAGUAAACUAACAGAGAUUCGCCAUGAAGUCAGCGUUAAUAAUGUGACACAUAAACUAUGCAGUAAUCACUGCUUUAAUAAGUACAGGUUGGCUAAUGGUCUGAUAAUGAAUUGCUGUGAACAGUGUGGAGAGUACCUGCCCACUAAAGGAUCUGAAAACAGUGUUCAGGUGGUUGAUGGCCAGCAGAUGAGAUUCUGCUGCCAAAGUUGUGUUAAUGAAUAUAAACAGAUGCUAGAAACAAAAUCAAAAAAAUUGUCCAUAUCAGAAAACAGAAAAAGGAAAGCUGUUAGAGAAGAAAAUGGAAGAAAAUUACAUGGGUCAUUUAAUAUACUUUUGGAAAAAGUAAAAGGAAUACCAGAAAAAAAAGAAAAGACUUCAGAGUCACAGGUAUCAGCAGAGUGCAACACAGAUGCAUCACUAACCAGACAGGAUGUGAAUUUACCUGCAUCUGUGUCCACUAUAGCUGAUACAUUUCAAGAGCAACUGGAAGAGAAAAAAUCAGAAGAUUCCACUCAACCAGUUGUGCUUUCUGCAGAUCCAGGCACGUGGCCCCGAGUUUUGAAUAUUAAACAACGGAAUAUUCUUGUUGAAAAUGAUCCACCUCAAGUAAGAAAUUUUAACUUUCCAAAAGACAAUACAGGAAGGAAGUUUUCCGAAACUUAUUAUACACGAAUUCUUCCAAAUGGUGAAAAAACUACUAGAUCCUGGUUACUUUAUUCAACCUCAAAAGAUUCUGUGUUUUGUCUAUAUUGCAAACUCUUUGGAGAAGGAAAAAAUCAACUGAAGAAUGAGAAUGGGUGCAGGGAUUGGCAGCAUUUAUCACAUAUUCUUAGCAAACAUGAAGAAAGUGAAAUGCACAUCAGCAACAGUGUUAAGUAUUCAAAACUAAAAUCUGAUUUGAAAAAAAAAACUGUUGAAGCCACAGAUCACAGAGUACAUAAGAAUGAGAACAGUGACGGUGUACUGUUGCUGUACACAUGAUAUACCUGACAGGAUCUUACGUUCAACUCAGGAUAUCUGUACCUAAUAGUCAGUACCAUUGUGUUGUGAGGCUCCUACACAGAGUAACUCAAGUGUUCAUUAGCAAUAAGCAUAAUAGCAAAUAAAUAGUAAAGAAUGUUUCUUUCCAAAUUCUAAAGCUAGUUGGAUUCAAUAGUGAUUAAUGCAGGUUUCUAUAAAGGAGUUGUUAAUUUUUUCAGGCAGUUCACACCUUUUUAAAAUGGCAUUUUAUAGGUUUGGUUAAUUUUCUUUUCUGAUUCCCUUGAAAGAGGGAGAAAAAGAUUUAAAUUUUUCAAUACCAGUUUGAACAAAAUACUUUGUGAACAAUGCUUUUGUGCAUACUUUUCUUCAUCAUUAUUAAGAUAAAAGCAUCAGCCCUGACCUAUGUGGCUCAGUUGGUUGUGUGUCAUCCUAUAAAGCAAAGCAUCCUCCUCAGUUUGAUUCUUGGUCAGGGCAUGUGUCUGGGUGUGUACAAGAGGCAACUGAUUGAUGUUUCUCCCUCAUAUUGAUGUUUCUCUCCCUCUUACCCAAUAAAUAUAAAAAUAAAAAUAGAUAAUUUAAUUAAAAACAUCCAGAAGCCAUUUAAAAACAGACUGGGAUGUGAAACUGCAGCUUUUUACUAUUAAACCAAAUACUCAUGAUUUAUUUCUUUUAUUUGAGCAAAAUAGCAUCAUCAUUUGUUAAAUAAAAUUUUAAGGUGCAUUUUAUUGGUUCUGUUUUAAUUGGUAAAUGUUUUAGUUUUUAUUGUUAUGUGAGAACUAUAAACAUAAAGUGUAUACCUAUUUUUAUGUUGGUACAAAUACAAAAAAUAUGAAAAUAAAAAUAUAUUAAGUUAACCUUUA